AUGCCUGACAGUGAAGUAAGAACAAUCUUACAAAAUUAUGGUGAUUAUGGUGAGGAAGUUGAUCAUGUACUUGCUGGUCUUGCAAAAAUACGCGGGAAUAUUGAUCUCAUCGAAAGUGACUUAGCAUUUGAAGAUGAUACCAGAAACUUAAUCAAAUUGGUGAUGCGUUUGUCUGACGAUGAUUCUCAAGUUGAAGAACUAAACAAUAUCCUUAAUGCUCAAAUUUACGAAGAAAGAAAGGAUCCUCGUAUACCUCCCUUAUAUGUUACUGGCCCUGAAGAUUCUCCUUUUGUUAACAAGGAGAUUUCUGUACAAAACUCGUCUCAUAAAAAUACCAAAGUAGUUGUUUGCUCUCAUUUAGAGCACGAUACAUCCUGUGGAAAUCUUAUUAGCCAUUCCAAUUCCGAUAAUAUUAAUACAUUUAAAACUGGUUGCGAUGUCAACUACAAUGGCUGUAGUUCGUUUACUUCCCCACAUGCUUCCAGUUGUAUCACCAUAAAUAGUUCACAGAAUGUCACAAAUAAAUCUCAUCCCGGAAAAUUGUGCAAAACUGAUUUUAAGACAUUUAAUCUCUUCCCGGGUAUAUCUGAUUCGAAUAUUCCUUCAGAAAUUGAUCUACAUAAUGGCGGGCUUUCAGUACCUUCUACUCCCAUUUCUUAUAAAUUAUCUUCGACCAUUUUAACAACCUCAAAUCUUUUUAAAGCAGGCCGUCAUACACUACCAAAUGAAGUAACCUCACUUUCUCCCGGUGGGCGUCGAGCAGGCAAUCAUUCGUCUCGAGAUCGCGAGCAUCAAACUCGUCAGGCAGGGACUCCGCCACCCAAACAUCGUUUAAGAUUUUCUUCUCCGCUUCAUCGUAGCAAGUCUCAUGAGUCUAAUCUUGCCAAUCGUGUUAUUUUACCUGCCCUCCCAAAUGUACCACAGUUCCACCAAGAAACAAACUGUGCCUGUUAUAUCAGUAGACCACAACUAUUAUUAUGUAAUCCGAUUUCCCCAGACGCCUCCAGUAAUGUACACAACGAUUAUUUAAAUUAUUCUGAGUGCAUAAAUGGCGGUCGACCAUGUAUAACUACUACUCAAUGUGGUGUAUGCAUUAACAGCGAUGUUAUUUCAAAUGGGAAUAAAACAGUUUCAACAUUUUUUCAUGCUUGUUCCAUUAGUGAUAGUACUUCCACAAUUGUCACAAGUCCACGUACCUACGAUCAAGGUCGACGUGUGUCUUGUGAAUAUCGACCAUCAAAGACUAAUUUACAACCUUUAAUGACUACAUCUGCAGAUAGUGAUAAUUUAUCAGGUGUCCUUAAUGUUCCGACUAACUCAGGUGGGGCCACAUUUGUUCUCAGUGCAAGUGGAUUUAUGCACAAAUUCGAAUUAGAAUCUAAAUUUGGUGAUUUUGUUAAGGGUACUCCAUGCGCUGUUUGUAAUAAUCGAAUGCGAUUUCGUCUACAACAUUGUGCUUACUGCAAAAUCAAAGUACAUAAAAGUUGCGUUUCUCAUUCAAGACGACUUCCUUGCACAGGACCUUCCAGUGGACAAAACAAUGAAUUACACGAUUUCAAAGGUUCUCCAAAUAUGCCUCGUCAAUUGCAUACGAACGUUUUAACAACUAGUCAAACAAAUCUUCGUCCUGCACAUUCUACUCCAGCAUUUCAAAGUUCUGAUUCAAACAGUGCUUCGUCAUGUACAAGUUCUACACCAGGUUCACCAUUUGUCACCGGUACAUCAUUAAUUAGUACAACAUUAGCUGCAUCAUGUUGUACUCGUUUAGACAGUGGUUAUGUUGGUGUUGGUAGUAAUAGUGUUAGUGUUAGUUGUAGUACUACCGGUCAAAUGAUUUCAUUAUCUUCUCCUCCAUUACGAAAUUUAAGCAACAGUGGUGGUUGUAUGUUUAAUCAUUCUAAUCCAAGUCAUUUAUCUUCACCAGUUAGUAUACAUUCUUACGGAACUGUUAAUGCUGGAAUUGUAACUAAUACACAACAACAACAACAGCCUCAUUCUCCUCGACAUUCCGGCCAAUGUUUUAAUCACUUUGAAUUUCCAAGUGUCAGUCAUCCAAUUAUAGAUAAUCAAUUAGUAGACGGGAAUUUCAAUAAUAAUGUGAAUAGUAAUAGUCCUUUAAUUAGUACUGUGUCUUCUGGAGAAAGUGAACGAACUGUUGUUGAUAAUGCAGUACACCGGUUUGAAUCAAUGGAUAGUCAAGAUGAAUCAUCUUUAAUGAGAACUAAUAGUAUAUCAGUUACACUAAAAGAAUGGGAUAUACCAAUGGAAAAUUUAUUUAUUGGUGAAAUAAUUGGACGUGGUACAUUUGGUACAGUAUAUCGUGGUAAAUGGCACGGUGAAGUAGCUAUUAAACGUAUAGAUUUCGAUCCAGAAGAUGUAGAUGAUUCAAUACGUGUUGAAGCGUUUAAACGUGAAGUUGCAUUACUACAUAAAACACGUCAUGAAAACUUAGUGCUAUUUAUGGGUGCUUGUAUGAAAGCACCUGAUUUAGCUAUUGUUACACAACUUAGUCGAGGUGAAACAUUGUAUCAUUUAAUUCAUGAUCGUGAUAAUAUUAUGCCAAUUAAUCGUACAAUAAGUAUAGCUAGUCAAAUAGCUAAAGGUAUGGGUUAUUUACAUGCUAAAGGCAUUGUACAUCGAGAUUUAAAAACACGAAAUUUAUUUUUAGAAGAUAAUUCACGUGUUGUCAUUGGUGAUUUUGGUGUAUUCAAUUUUGUACGUCUUUGUAAAAAAGCUAAAUGGGGCAAUUAUUUGAAUGUUCCACCAUUUUGGUUAUGCUAUAUUGCACCGGAAAUUAUUCAUGCACUUAACAUAGGAUAUGUACUGGCUACUACAACUAAUGAACUACCAUUAACUACAUCUUCUGAUGUUUUUGCUUUUGGUACUGUAUGGUAUGAACUGUUAACUAAUGAAUACCCUUUCAAAGGACUACCUGCUGAAGCUGUCACCUACUUAGUUGGACAUGGUGUAAAACCGAAUUUACGAAUUCAAUGUCCUAAAGAUUUUAAGGUAAGUACUCGUUCUCUGUGGGCUUUUCUUUUCAAGUUUCUCCGUUAAUCAAUCGUUAUUUAUUUAUUUUAACACAUAGAUAUUGGUACAAAGAGGCACCAAAUAGGUAUGCGCCACACAAAUCUCAAUUGAUAUAUGUGAGGGCUGUGAUACUACCCGAGUGUCCAAACCGAAGCAGGCGGUUUUCUUAGGGGAGCACACCCGGAGCCUUUGACCUAAAGCUCUGAACCACAAGGUAGUGGGGCGAGGUCAGCAGAUGCAAUCCCAUGGUAGACGAUCACCAACAAUUGGUUCAUAUGCCAUUUGGUUCCUUAAGAUCCUGGAGCUCAUGUGCACUAUUGGUUUUGGAUUAUGGUUUUCCAACUCCCCCAGGUGGACCCUCUAUACCCACCAACGCGGUAAAAGCUCCGGACAUUCGCUUUUCGUUCUCGCAAUUUCAUUGAACAACACCUUGGACGCAAGAAGGCAGUGAGUAGAACUUCCGUGGCAGUGGUUGCAUGCAUGUGGCUAUGUGAGAGCAUUUCGAGAGGGUGGGCUGACUGUACCCACUCUCGGCCGUACCAGGGCA